GCCAAUGCCGCACGAAGUGUUCGGACCCUAUCGCACACUCGACCGCUUGGGAGAAGGAGCCUUUGGAAGAGUCUAUCUGGCCGAGGACACACGGCGACCGAGCAGCCACUUGGUAGCGCUGAAAGUGGGCGCAGGCCCGGCCGAGCGUCGGUCUCAUGCAGUUGCGCAGCUGCAGAAGGAGGCCGAGCUACUCCAGCGCCUGGAGCAUCCUCACAUAGUCGCGUACGAAGACUUCGGCAUUGAUGACACGCAGGACGUGAUGUGGCUGGCUCUGGAGGUGCUGGAUGGCGGUUCCCUGCGCACCAUCCUAGAGGGGCGACGUCGGGUCGGUAGCCCGUGCCCAGAGAGUUUCCUGCGCCGCGUGGUGUUGGAAAUUGGAAGUGCGCUCCAAUACAUCCACGCAGAGGGCCUUCUGCAUCGGGACGUCAAGCCAGCCAACAUCCUGCUGACACUGACCGCACCACCGGUGCUGAAGCUGGCAGACUUUGGAAUCUCGAAGCUGCUGGAGGAUGCAAGGGCCGCACACUCCAUAGUGGGAACGCAAUGCUACUUCUCGCCGGAGCUCAUUUCUGGAGAGCCCUACGCAUCUCCGGCCGACUGCUGGGCUUUUGGUGUGGUGCUGUUCGAGUUGGCUAGCUUGUCUCGGCCCUUUUCCGGAGGCAGUAUGCUGGAACUGGCCAUGGCCAUCUGCCAGCAACCUGCACCUCCUUUGCCACGCCUGGCGCAAGACCUGACGGAGGUCAUCAAAGGCUUUCUUCACAAGGAAGUCGGCUGCCGCUGGCGGCUUGAGGAUGCCCUGAACCUCAUCGCCACCACCCAGGACGCCUCGACUGCGCAGCUCGCCGAUGGUGAGGACUGCAGCAUCAGCCUCUCAUCCGAAGGUUUCCUCACUGAACUGGAGCUUGCUCCCCAGGAUGCAGCGCCAGGGCCACCUGCCGUGGCCUUCGAGCAUCAACCGGCAGCCAAGAGCAAGAAGGAGUGGGCCUCCUUGCGUGCGUGGUUUAGCUGGUGGCCCUUUUCUGCGAAGGCUGCGGAUGAACGGCACGACACACAAGUUUCAGUUAUUGAGCCGGCGCCCAGUGGUCUUCCGACCAGCCCUAUCUCGCGGCCCACGGCGCACGAGAUGCUUCAGGUGGAGAGCUGGGAUGUGCAAAGCCUGCCCGGCGAAGCUUCGAGCUUCUCGACACGGCAAUGA